AUGAGGUCUGCAUUGUUACCAAGGAGUGAUAUGGUUUGCAGCUGUAUGAGCUUAACUUUUGGUAUCCUGGUUCUUUUGUGCCCAUUUGGUUUGACUAGACCAGUUUUUGUGUUAGCUACUGGUGCAAUAUACAUGCUGUCAAGAGGUAGAGUGAAACUUUUUGCCACUGAGGAGAAUGUAGCAAAACAGGAAGAGGAAGAGGAGGAGGAGGAGGAGGAGGAGGAGGAGGAGGAGGAGGAGGAGGAGGAGGAGGAGAAGAAGAAGGAAGAGGGAGAGAAGGAAGAGGAGUCAGAGAUAGAGCUCAGAGUUAGGGAUUUUUUUUUUUCUUUCUUUUUUGUUUUCACUCAGGGUGCCCUGAAUUAA